GCAUCUAUGGAUAUCCGUAACUAGUUUAGCAGCAAACCAGCUGCUAAAUGAACACACACACACACACACACACACACACAAACAAACACACACACACAUUGUUUUGUGUCUGUUCGCUUUUAGACCAGAGAUGCACAGACCUCCAUCUCCAGUGAACAGCUGUGUGUCUAUGAAGAGUGAUAAAUCCAUGGAUUAUCCUCCCAAAUUCAGCAAUGAGCCAGCACCAUCAGGUCUAACACCAGAGAUGCACAGACCUCCAUCUCCAGUGCCCAGCUGUGUGUCUGUGAAGAGUGAUAAGUCCAUGGAUUAUCCUCCCAAAUUCAGCAAUGUGCCAACACCAUCAGGUCUAACUGAGGUGAGGUCUGAACUGAUCCAGGAUCAGUCCAGGUGUGGAGUGUGUGAGCAGUUGCUGAGGGACCCAGUCAUCACCACCUGUGGACACAGUUGCUGCAGGCAGUGCCUCGAGGAGCAGCCUGGACUACCAGGAAACCAAGCCUGUCCCCAAUACACUGAUGUCCUGAGGAGAGUUAUAGAGAAUCAUAAAGCCAGCCUGAGGAGGAAGUUUGAAAACAUAUCUGAAGGCAUUAACAAGCCAGGGAUUCAAACUCCCAUCAAUGAGAUCUACACAGAGCUCUAUAUCACAGAGGGAGAGAGUGAAGGGGUGAAUAAGGAACAUGAAGUUUGGCAGGUAGAAUUAGCAUACAGAGAACUGACCACAGAAGACACACCAAUCAACUGCAAUGACAUCUUCAAGCCCUUACCUGGACAGGAGAAGAAUAUCAGAACUGUGAUGACCAAAGGUGUUGCUGGCAUUGGAAAAACAGUCUCAGUGCAGAAGUUCAUACUUGACUGGACAGAUGGUGUAGCCAAUCAGAAUGUACACCUCAUAUUUCCACUGUCUUUCCGUGAGCUGAAUUUGGUCAGGGGUGAUCAGUAUAGUCUUCACAGCCUCCUGCUUGACUUCCACCCUGAGCUGAAGGAGCUAAAUGAUGGUGAAGGAUACAAUGACUGUCAGGUUGUGUUCAUCUUUGAUGGUUUGGAUGAGAGUCGAAUAUCACUAAAUUUCCAGCCAAACAUGUUGAUGUCAGAUGUAACUCAAACAACAUCUUUGGAUAUUCUGAUGGCUAGCCUCAUUAAGGGAACUCUUUUCCCCUCUGCUCUCAUCUGGAUAACCUCACGACCAGCAGCAACCAGUCAAGUUCCUGCUCAGUACAUCGACCAGGUUACAGAAGUGCGAGGAUUCAAUGACCCACAGAAGGAACAGUACUUCAGGAAGAGAAUUUGUGAUGAGAGUCAGGCCAACAGGGUCAUCUCCCACAUUAAGAUAUCAAAGAGUCUCCAUAUCAUGUGCCACAUCCCAGUCUUCUGUUGGAUUGCAGCCACUGUACUUCAGCAGAUGCUGGAACAGGACAACACCCAGAAAAUACCCAAAACUCUGACUGAGAUGUUCAUACACUUCUUGCUCAUCCAGACCACCAGAAAGAAUCAGAAGUACCAAAGUGGAUCGCAGCUAAAUACAGAGCAGCUCCUGGAAUCACAGAAAGAAGUUAUACUGAAGCUGGCAGAACUGGCAUUCAGCCAUCUGGAGAAUGGCAAUGUGAUGUUUUAUGAAGAAGAUCUGAAAGAGUGUGGAAUUGAUGUCAGUGAAGCUUCAGUGUACUCUGGCAUGUGCACUGAAAUCUUCAAGGAAGAGUCUGUGUUUCAUCAGAGGAAGGUCUACUGCUUUGUGCAUCUGAGCAUCCAGGAAUUUCUGGCAGCACUUCAUAUAUUUGUCUCCUAUAGCUAUCAGAUAAAGACCAUGGGGAAAUUUUUCUGCUUGGAAGAGUCGCUAAAGUUUGCGAUCACCAAAGUUCUGGAAAGCAGGAAUGGACACCUAGAUCUUUUCCUUCGCUUCCUUAUGGGCAUCUCUCUGGAGAGCAAUCAGAGACUUUUGCAAGGUCUUCUGAACCACACAUACAGCAGCUCAAAGAGCAUUGAUGAAGUAUGUCGGUAUAUUAAGAUGCUCAAUAGAGACGAUCUCUCUCCUGAAAGAUGUAUCAAUCUUUUUAACUGCUUAUUAGAAAUGAAUGAUCAUUCCAUUCACGAAGAAAUUCAGAGAUUUCUGAAAUCACCAAAUGGCUUCAAACAGGAAUUGUCUCCCACUCAUUGUUCAGCACUGGCCCACAUGCUUCUGAUGUCUGAUGAGGUGAUGGAUGAGUUUGACCUGAAGAAAUAUGUCAUCACAUCAGAUGAGGGACGCAGGAGACUGAUCCCAGCUGUGAGAUGCUGCAGAAAGGCACAACUUGCUGGUUGUAAAAUCAAUGAUAAGUCCUGUGAGAUGGUGGCCUACAUUCUACAGUCGCCAAACUCGCUGCUGCAGCUGGACCUGAGUGACAAUGACCUGGGAGAUUCUGGAGUUCAGCUUCUCUCAAAGGGACUGAGUGGUCCUCACUGUAAACUGCAGACAUUAAGACUAGCUGGCUGCGCAGUUACAGAAAAAUGUUGUGUAAUUAUCGCUUCAGUUCUACAGUCACCAAAUUCCCUGUUAGAGCUGGAUCUGAGUCACAAUGACCUGGGAGAUACAGGGCUUCAGCUUCUCUCUGCAGCAUUAUGUAGUACUCACUGUAAACUGGAGAGAUUAAGACUCUCUGGUUGCCUCAUGUCAGAGAGGGGUUGUAUUUGUCUGGAUUCAGCUCUGACUUCAAACCCCUCCCAUCUAAAAGAGCUGGAUAUUAGCUACAAUCAUCCUGGAGAAUCAGGACUGAAGCUGUUAUCUGCUAACGGUAAACUGGAGACACUCAACACUGACAAUUGUACAGAAAUGAGAUUAACAAGAGGCGUGCAGAAAUAUGCCUGUGAUGUCACACUGGACCCAGACACAGCAGGCGGAAAUCUUUCUAUCUCAGAGGGGAACAGAAAGGUGACAUGUUUGAGUGAGAGGCAACUGUAUCCUGACCACCCAGAGAGAUUUGACUGGUGGCAUCAUAUAUUGUGUAGAGAGGGUCUGUCUGGACGCUGCUACUUGGAGGCUGAGUGGCUUGAGGGUGGGGGUCAAAUAGCUCUGGCCUAUAAAAGCAUCAGGAGGAAAGGGAGGAAUGAUGACAGCCUGCUGGGAUAUAAUAACAAGUCUUGGACUAUGAGGUGGUCUCCUCACAGUUAUUGUGCCAGGCACAAUAGUAAAGACAUAGUCAUACCAGCCCCCUCCUUCCACACCAGAAGAGUAGGAGUGUACUUGAACUGGCCAGCUGGCACUUUGUCCUUCUACAGCGUCUCCUCUGACACACUUACCCACCUGCACACGUUCCACUCCACAUUCACUGAGCCCCUCUAUCCAGGGUUUUGGGUUCAGCCUGACUCCUCCGUGUACCUGUGCCAAAUCUCAUGACCUCG